UCUACGUACCCCAUAUCCGUCAUCACCACCAAGCUCCAUUCUACCUCUGCAAUGGCGUCCAUUCCUCAAUUCUACUCCGACUGUACAUUUCCUUCUGACCUUUCUGACUUCAGUACCACCGCCCCAUUCCUGGCUGGUGUAAGUGGUACUACUACUGAUACAAUUUAUUGUGGUCCAAUGUGGAGUAGUCAAGAAAGCAUUAUUAAUCCAGUAUUUGAUCAGAAAGGUUUUCCUGAUGAUGUCUUGUCACAAUCUAACAUCUCAUCAUCGGAUGUCAUGUCAUCUUUCCCCGGACAGCUAGAUCAGACGUCGGAAUUAGCCAUUCCAACAUUGUUCGACUCUAAAAUGGAUUUGUGUGGCCACCUGGUUGGGAUUGAUCAGAAUUUUGGUGUCGGGUACCAGCUGCCGGAUGUCAUGUGCUCUUUUGGGGAUGAAUGUUGUGGAUUUUCGGAUGAUUAUGGAUUAUCUGUUUAUCCAGCCGCUAGAGAAAAUCGGGGAUCAUUAAUCCAAGGUAAUCAACAUGCAAUUGAUCAAGAAUCCAAUAUCAAGGUUGGCCGGUACUCCAAGGAAGAAAAGAAGGAAAGGAUUCUAAGAUAUUUGCAUAAGAGAAACCAAAGGAACUUCAACAAAACCAUCAAGUACGCAUGUCGGAAGACCCUAGCUGACAGGAGAGUUAGAGUACGGGGGAGAUUUGCAAGGAACAGGAAACUAGGUGAAGAAGAAAGGGCAAUGAAAAAUACCAAUAAUUCUUACAUAGACGAUCAGGAGUUGUGUUAUAGUGAUGCUAUCCAGAUAAAAGCUGAUCAUGAGGACGACUGGCUUCAAGAGGCUUUGUCGAGUUUAAUUUACCUACCAUAUGUUACUGGCUCUCAAUUCGACAGUUGAUUUAAGGAUGUUUUGAUACUAUUUGUGCAUGACUUAUUAAUUGUAUCUCGUUUAAUCAAUAUUAUUGAGUACUCUCUUAAUAUUGAAAUAUUUGG